AUGUCUAAAGUGGCGGAGCCUUGGUCGGCACGUCAGCAGCGGCAGCUUUCCUACAUCUCGGAGUUCACCACAGACAUUAAGCAAGUGGCUGGCAAGUCGAACCUGGUUGCAGAUUGCCUCUCCAGAGUCGUCAUCGGAGCUGUCCAGUUGGGCCUGGACUAUACUCGCAUGGCGGCGGACCAGGUCACAGACCCCGGCGUCCAGGCUCUGAAGGUGGAGGGCGCGGGGGUGCGCUUGGAGGACGUGGUGUUCGGCGACGCAGGCGUUACCCUCCUGUGUGACGUCUCCACGGGCCUGUCGUGGCCAGUCGUUCCCGCCAGCUGGAGGCGCUCUGUGUUCAAGGCAGUGCACGGACUGUCACACCCCGGCGUUAAGCCUUCGGGGAGGCUUGGUGGCCGCGAAGUUCGUCUGGCAUGGGCUGAAAAAGAACGUGAGGACUUGGGCUGGAGGUUUGACCACGUCAACAUCGACCUGGUUGGUCCAUUGCCCUCCUCUCUCAGUUUCGAGGCGUGUUUCACAGUGCAGGGCCUCACCAUAGAUCUGGAGACAUGUUCCCUGCCUCUUGUGGUCAUCUCCAAUGUGAGCCAGCUGCCUGGGGGCUGGGUGUCCGUCAUGUGGUAUAACCUUCUGACUGAUGAGCCCAGGAACUUGGCGUUCUUUGGAAACCCCCCUCGGGCCACCUGGAGCCAGCUCUCUGAGGUCCUCAGCUGGCAAUUCUCAACCUUCGCUGGUAAAGGCCUCAACAAGGAGCAGCUCAGCAUGCUGGGAGGAAAGCUUCUCGGCCAGCAUGCCUCCUGUAGUGACUAUCAAGUAUCCUGGUCCAAGUUGUCCAAGGAGAAUAUUCCAGGAAAGCCAUUCAGUUUCUGGAUGUGGCUGGACUCCAUCCUAGAGCUCAUCAAGAAGCAUUUGCUGCCAGUCUGGAAUGAGAACUAUAUCAUGGGUUUUGUGAGUAAAGAGAUGGAGCGCACUCUGCUGAAGGACAAAGAGCCAGGCACAUUCCUACUACGCUUCAGUGAGAGCCACCUUGGAGGAAUAACUUUCACCUGGGUGGAGCACGGCGACAAUGGAGAGGUUAAAUUCAACUCUGUGGAGCCAUACACCAAAAAUCGGCUUAGCGCCCUACCAUUUGCCGACAUAAUUCGAGACUACAAAGUGAUCUCAGAGGGGGUGGUCCCAGAGAACCCGCUCAAGUUCCUCUACCCCGACAUUCCCAAAGAUGAAGCCUUCGGACGGCUUUACAACAUUCAGCCAAGCAAAGUCCAUCCAUACAUAACAUCUACCCUGAUCCCAAUCUCACAAUUGCGCUCUAAUACCACCACCACACCCUCUUCCUGUCAGUCUCCUGAGCCCCCGAUGACUCCUGGGGAGUUCGACAUGCUCAGUGAGCACCUAUGCUUCGACAUUAACAGCGUAAGUUUGCCAUUCUUUGCUAUUUGGUGGACA